AUGACUAGAAGGUUCAAAAAAACUGAAACUCCGACAUUUUCAUAAACAAAUAUUUUUGUCCAUCAUGAAUUUUUCCAAAAAUUCAAAAAAAUUUUUCAAAUUGGACGAUCAUGAAUCAUAACGUCUUCAAAUGGAAAUUCAAAAAAACAUGAAAAAAAAAUUUUAACCUACAAAAAUGUACAUACUAGGGUCUACCCUCCUAGUUCUCAGAAAAUCUUCUGAACUUGAACUCUUCAAACCCAAGCUCCCAAGAAAUUUCACACCGGAGUCCUGCUUCGAUCCCCAAAAAAUUCAAUCCCUCCAGAACCCGAAGGCAGAUCAAAGUUCCGUGUCGCGUGGUGGCGGUGCCGUCCGCCGCUUGGGUCUGCGGAAAGACAAUACGCGUCACAAGAACGGAGGAGAUCGGCGUGAGCCGGCUUAGGGCUACCGGUUCUACCGGACGGAGCCACACGCAAGAGCCGCAGGAAAAAGAAGAAAAAAAAGUGAGUGAGCCGGCCGCCGGCGCCGAAACGGUUCAGCACGUGAAAAUCAACAAGAGUGACAUGGAAAUGAGAAUCGGAAAACGAACCAGUAUCACGAUGCAUACUCGAUGGCCUGAGAGGAUUUCGAGUUUGAGGAAGAAGGUGGAGAAGGAUUGA